AUGAAAGGACUUUACUUCGUCGCUACCGCGGCGGCGGUUGUUGGGCUGGUGCAAGGUCGGCCACAAGUUGUUACUUCAAGUUCUACUGAGAGCAGUACUUCGGUGGCCACUGUGGCACCGCCGGCUUCAACCCCGACGACAACACCAACAGGUCCCGGACCACCAACAACACCCACAAACCCCUACGGCGCCAAAUGCCCAGUGGCAUCAAAUUUCAUUAUCAAUGACUUCCAAUAUGCCAAUGGCCCGCCACCAUUGAGCACCUGGGACACCAGCUUCGAGGUCAAGUACGGCGAGCUCGAACUGAAAUGCCCGAUACGUCCGGGUGCCCGGACUCUGCGGUUCGGACUGAUCUCGAUGCAUUGCGAUGAUGCUGACAUGGUUAAGGCUGUGGUUCCUGUUGGCGGGUCGACUGUUUAUUUCCUUGUGAACCAAUGGUGCCCUGCUGUGCCGCAGUAUGUCGUCUCCGUUUCCUUCUUUCUGUUUGCCAGCUUCCCACUGUUGGGAUUUCCUUCUGGCGAACGGAGGGUGAAAUUAAAGCCGAAGAUGAAGUGGCCUAGUCACUGGAAUGAUUGA